CAGGCAGUGAAGUUGGUGGAAAGCAGCCAGCUGGACAAUAUAUCCACCUAUCAUCGCCGGGUAUUGGAAGUGUCUUGUUCUCCAUUGGUCUCGCCUCCUCCGUGCUGAUUCUGGAGAUUCCAACUGGAAAAAUAAUUACCCACAGUUUGUCGUUGUGAGGGUUGAGCUCCCCCCUGAAAUGGUGAUGUUUCAAUGCCAAAUGCACUGGAGAAUGUGACCCGUUCGCACUCGAUAGCUGGCAACGCCGGUGCUGAGAUAUAUCACGAUGCAGUCAUCAGUAAUUAUUGUGAAGACACAGGAAACCUUUGACAGAGCCCAACCAACGUCUUAUUUAGACGAGACGUCGGGGCGUAUAACCGCCCUAAUAGAUUACGACUUUGCCUGGAUCUCCCACCCCUCUUACGAGUUUCUUCGCUCAUUUGAGGGGCUUGGGGGUCAAUUUCGAGCGUUGAGGGAUGCCAAGCUCCAUGGGUUUCCUGCCUCCCUGCCAUCUACUAGCGAGUCAGACUCGGGAGUUGAUUGGGUUGUUGCACGGGAAUGGGAGGAGGCAUUGGAGGCUGAAGGAGUCAGGACUAUUGAGGGGACUGAUAAGGUGGCUGAUGUUGAUGCGAUCCUGUGUGCGAUUUUGCCGUGGCGUGUUACCAACGCGGAAAUUUUGGCCCGUCCGACGGAGGAAGUGAUUAUUGAAUGCAGGACUGAUAAUGAGGAGCACCUGGAUAAGUUGUUGGCCCGCCUGGGUUUUUGA